AAUAGAUAAAUCACUGCUUUUAGCCACUGAUGUCAGACACUGACCAUACAGCACAAAUAUACUGGAGGCUAGGUUUUACCAGGUUAACCAGGGACAUGAGGUAUAGAUAUAGACACGCUGGUGGGUUAACCAGGUUAACCAGAGACAUGAGGUAUAGAUAUAGACACGCUGGUGGGUUAACCAGGGACAUGAGUUAUAGAUAUAGACAUGCUGGUGGGUUAACCAGGUUAACUAGGGACAUGAGUUAUAGAUAUAGACCAGCUGGUGGGUUAACUAGGGACAUGAGGUAUAGAUAUAGACACGCUGGUGGGUUAACCAGGGACAUGAGGUAUAGAUAUAGACACACUGGUGGGUUAACCAGGGACAUGAGGUAUAGAUAUAGACACACUGGUAUAUUAACCAGGGACAUGAGGUAUAGAUAUAGACCAGCUGGUGGGUUAACCAGGUUAACUAGGGACAUGAGUUAUAGAUAUAGACCAGCUGGUGGGUUAACCAGGUUAGCCAGGGACAUGAGGUCUAGAUAUAGAUACACUGGUGGGUUAACCAGGGACAUGAGGUAUAGAUAUAGACACACUGGUAUAUUAACCAGGGACAUGAGGUAUAGAUAUAGACCAGCUGGUGGGUUAACCAGGUUAACCAGGGACAUGAGGUCUAGAUAUAGAUACACUGGUGGGUUAACUAGGGACAUGAGUUAUAGAUAUAGACACACUGGUGGGUUAACCAGGGACAUGAGGUAUAGAUAUAGACACACUGGUGGGUUAACCAGGGACAUGAGGUAUAGAUAUAGACCAGCUGGUGGGUUAACCAGGUUAACCAGGGACAUGAGGUAUAGAUAUAGACACACUGGUGGGUUAACCAGGUUAACCAGGGACAUGAGUUAUAGAUAUAGACACACUGGUGGGUUAACCAGGUUAACCAGGGACAUGAGGUCUAGAUAUAGAUACACUGGUGGGUUAACUAGGGACAUGAGUUAUAGAUAUAGACACACUGGUGGGUUAACCAGGUUAACUAGGGACAUGAGGUAUAGAUAUUGA